UGCGUGUGACGCCCUGGGCCGUGACGCCUUGCAGUACGAGGGCUCCACCUUUGACUCGUGUGGGGGGCACCCCACGCCCUCGGGCCAGUACCACUACCACGUCGCACCCGGCGUCGCCAACCCCUCUGCCAUCUCCGCAUCUCGCUCCACCAACUUCAACCUCUGCAACUCGUCCUUCUGGCAGGACGUGCCCAGGCAGCACUCGCCGCUGCUGGGCUUCCUGGCGGACGGCAUUCCGCUGUUCGGCCCGCGGGGAGCGGGGGGAGAGCUGCCGGCAGGGGUGGACGAGUGUGGGGGGCACGUGGGCGACGGCAGUGGUGGCGAGCCGGCGUUCUACCACUACCACGCCAGCAGCACGGCGCCCUACACUGUGGCUUGCCUCAAGGGCUGCGUCGCCUCCUCUGACUGGGGCACCCUCGGCUCUGCUUCCUGCAGCAAGGCCACCAAGCAAUAUGACUACUCAUCCCUGGCGGCAGUGCAGGCAGCAUGA